GCCCGUAUUGAAUAUCCAAAAAUUAAAAGAAAAAAAAAGGUAAGAAAACGCAUAAGUGGAUCAUGGCCCACAAACAUAGAGAAGUGGCUUCACCGAUCCGCAAGCUUCACAGUGCACAUUUAAGACGAUCGGUGGUAGUUUCGGCGCCGGACGGUUUCGACCACAAUCAAAUCUCGAGAGAGAUAGAGAGAUGGGAGCUGGGUGGGGACGGUGGUCCAAAUUAGCCGCCGUUGUGGCGGUGGUGGCGAUUCUAAGAGAAUUAGGGAAGCUAUACGGAUGGGAAAUUGACAGAGAAGCAGCUCUCAAGGUUUUCGGCCAAUGGUCAGAUCGCUUGGGGGUAUGGGCCAUGCCUGCGUAUGUCGGCGUCCAUACCUUCACACUUGCACUCUGUUUGCCUUAUGCCGUCUUCUUCGAAGCCACUGCUUCUUUGCUCUUCGGCUUCUUCCCUGCCGUCAUUUGCGUGUUCUCUGCCAAGGUGCUUGGGGCUUCCCUCUCCUUCUGGAUCGGCAGGUUACUUUUUAAGAAUUCAAGUUCAGCUAUGGAGUGGGCCCAGAGGAACAAAUACUUCCAUCUUCUUUCUAGAGGAGUAGAGCAAGAUGGAUGGAAAUUUGUCCUUCUUGCCCGCUUUUCACCGAUCCCCUCGUACGUUAUAAAUUAUGCUCUUGCUGCAACCAAAGUUGGGUUCUUUCUAGACUUUCUGCUACCUACUGUAAUCGGAUGCAUGCCGAUGAUACUUCAGAACACGUCGAUUGGCAGUCUCGCCGGUGCUGCAGUUGCUUCAGCGUCUGGCUCCCAGAAAUCUCAGAUAUGGUCAUACAUUUUUCCUGUACUUGGUAUUGGGUCGAGCAUUCUUAUUUCCUUGAGGAUUAAAAAGUACUCUAGUGGACUCAAAAUGGCCGAAAGUUCCUCUAGUGUUGAAAGGAGUGACAGUGUUGAGCCAUCCAAAGCCAAGGAGUUUAAGAAAACUCAAUAGUUUUUAGUAACAGAUGAGUUAUUUACAAACUCUUAGAUGAUAUAUUUUCAUUCAUGAUAUUCAUACCCUGGAGAUCAGUGUCUACGACGUUUUUCCCCUUAAGAAGUUAGUAGAUUUAUGGCCUAUUUUAGUCUUACACUUUACUGUAAUUGAUCUCGAUUGUUUUAUACAUUCCAUCAUAUAUACUUGAUAUCUAUUUAUCAUACUAUACUAUGAAAUUAUAUCUUUUACCUUGUA